GAGCAGCUGAGCAACAGCGACUGCUAACCGAUGCAUCUCUCGGAGGAAUGGAUGCAGAGAUGAGUGACUUUGACAGGUGGUGGAAAAAAACACAGAGCUGGAGAGUGAAACAUGAAUGUGCAGAGGGAUCAGUUACGCGUUUUGCUGUUUAGGAUAAAGCGCGUGCGUCUUUUGUGCUCCCGCCGCCGCCUGCGUGAAGCCUGCCCUGCAGCCCCACCCCUGCUUCUCUUCUGCCCGACUCCCUCAGGAUAUUUUUAGCGCUGAUGAUGUGCCCUGUCAAAUCACGUAACGGAAACAACCCCAGAGCAGAAAACGUAGAGCUGCCGUGGAGAGCCUGCUUUGGUCCGUUUUUAUUGUGAUCGGCAGGGUAAGGCCGCGAAUGAGAUGCAAUUUGAAAUUAAUUGGGUGUUUUGCGUGUUGGUGGUCCUUACCGGCUCAUCUCAGACAAGAGGUCAGAGCAGUGCUUUGCCUCCUGCCCACGCCUUGGCUGCACUCCUGAGUCAUGCUGGAAGCUCAGCAUCUCCUGACCCGACAGAGGAUCCUGGGUAUGAGGUCCCGCAGUGGACACAUAAUCCUGCAGGCAGGGAUGAAACCUCAACUCAAACCACUACCAAUGCCGAUGGGAGCGUGCUUUCAGAGACUGUGACAAAUACAGUGACUACAUCUGAACCUGUCGUCAUGACUGCUCACCCUGCUGCUGCAGACAACCUUUCAUCCACGCCGACUGUACAGAGCACCUCCCCCCCGCAACACAACUCAACCACUGAAGGCAUAGCCCUUCUGACCAGAGAUCCCCUCACCACCUCUUCACCUCAGCCAGCCCACACAGUGCAGGAUACAAGCCCUACAGCAAACGCCUCCACCAUCCAGCCACAGUCUGAAUCACUGACCACGGCCACAGCACAGCCAACAACUACAGGACACCCUCUGACUUCAGCUGCAGGCUGGGAUCCUGCGGGGCCAACACACCAAGAGGUCCCGCCGGAGCUUAAUGUUGGAGAUGAAGACCUCAAGGGACCCCGCUACCGCUCAAGCUCCCCUCUAGACCCCCUGCUGGCUGGUCUCCUGUCAGUGUUCAUUGUCACCACCGCUGUCGUCUUCGUUAUACUCUUCCUCAAGUUCCGCCAGCGGACAAACCACCCGGAGUUCCAUCGGCUGCAGGAUCUACCUAUGGAUGAUUUGAUGGAGGACACGCCGCUCUCCAGAUACAGCUACUAAUGGAAUCAGUCCAUUGACUUCCACCACUCAGAGAACAGAAGUAAAGCAGACACAAAAGGAAGACCAGUGUGGAUCUAAGAAAAGCCUUUGCCUGGAUGCAGUAGCAUCUCUGCAGAUGAGUUCCCCCUUGUGACUGAGAGUUUUGGGUCAGUGAUGAAAAUGUUGAUCUGUUCCAUGUGAAGGAUUCAUUGAGUCUUUUAAAUGGGAGGUUUUUCCACAUUCCCUUUAAAUUUCCGGAGAUCUUCAGUCUGGUCGAAACUUAGCAAGUUAUUAGUACCUCUGCACCCCUGACUGACUCCUCAUGUAUGCACAGCACUUUAAUGUGGCAUGAAUGGUCACAGUGCCCCGCAGGGGACAUCUGAGGUAAUGUGGAUCAAGGGUGCACAAAGUUCACCGAUGUAAUUAAUAGACAACCUCAGGUUAUACAGCAAGAAUUAAGAGACUGGGGGACAAAGACAGAAUGAGGAUACCAAGUGCUUUAAGACAUAAGGGAAAGUUGCCAACAUGUCUAAAACUAUUGAGGAGUAUAAAUCACAAUCCCACAAUCCCUUAUGUGACCAAAUAUCAGUGAAGUGCAUUUUCAAACCAAAUUGCCAGGUUGCAUGUGUUGUCUUAAAACUGAGGUCUUGCAGAAAAGCAAAUGAUUUUACAAUUGAAAAGCCAUGAAAACAGACCAAAUCUCUUACCAUACAAGCCAUUCGAUUCAAUUAUUCAAAUUUCCUGACCAAAUUACCCCAAAUUCUAUGUGGAAAAUAUUUAUUGUUGCAGCCUUUAAUGUGUAGUUACACUUGUUGAACUUUUAUCAUCAUGGUCUGAUGCUGGUAUAUAGAACUUGAAUUUGGUGAUUCUGUUUUUGAUGAUGAAUGUCAAUCCACCAAGGCACACUGAGAAUAGAAAUUGCUACACUAAAUAAACACUUUAAUAUGCGUAAACUGUAAAACUGAAAUAAACUAUUAUUGUUAAAUGUGUUGUGAAAUGCCUAUUUAUAAAGAAUGUUUGUUCCCGCACACAAAAUGUUCUUUCAAAUGCUUAAGUGGAGACAAUAAGAAGAGGCACAAGAGAGUUUUUUAAACUUUAGAUUGUCGUUACCUGUAUCUGUAUUAGCUGGAGUAUCAUUCAAAUGUGCAGGAACUAAGCUGUUGUAUCAGUUUUUACCUGGUGUGUAACUUUACUGUUAAGUGCCAACAGUGUUGUAUGAUAAUAUGCCGUUGAAAUGUAGACUGUAAGAGUUAAACUGAUAUAAGGAUUUCUUGUUUGAUAAUAAAACAGAAACCACAGUACUGUAAGCCUCAAGUCGCAUAUGCUUAGAAGGGGGGGACCUUGUUUAAUCAGUUAUUGUAUGUUGGCGAGUUAUAAAGCAUGUCGUGUCAUGACAUGACAUGAAUGAGGCCAGGAGCUCUGCAGAGAAAUGAAUUCACCUGCUAGACAGGUAAUGUGGACAAUUAC